UCUGAGCUGCCAUCAAAACUUGUGGUUCUAAUUUCCAAAUCUUUUCUUUCCCCUCAAAAGUAAGAAAGAAAGCGAGAGAAAAUCUGCAGAAUUAUCAAAAACAUCACUUGCAGACUGCAACACUUCUCUAACAAAAAACACCUACCUUUUUCAUCCUCCUCUUUCGCCGUUUUUUUUGUUUUUCUCUUAACUUUUCUGUGAUGGGUUUUCAGAGAGAAACUGAAAGCUUGAACUCGGUACAUUUUGUGUAUUAAUUAUACAAAAAAAAUUAUAUUUUAACCCCCCAUCAUUGCCUUUUUGAAAGCAAAGUCCACUCCUCUCUCUCUCUUAUCCUCUCUGUUUUCUCGUCCCCUAUCCUUUUUUCUCUCUCGAGUGAGUUUAGUUUCAGUAUUUUCAGCUCAGUUUUUUUUAGAAAAGAAAAUCUGGGUAUUUGAGAUUCUCCAUGGAGUCGUACGAUGCAACGAGGAUGGUGUUUUCUCGGAUCCAAAACUUGGACCCCGAAAACGCUUCUAAAAUCAUGGGUUAUCUUCUCAUUCAAGACCAUGGCGAGAAAGAGAUGAUACGUUUAGCCUUUGGACCCGAAGCUCUCAUCCACUCUUUAAUACUCAAAGCCAAAACCCACUUGGGACUUUCCAUUUCAAACCCACCCACGCCUUCAACGCCGUCGUCUCCUUCGCCUUUCUCUUCGAGGCCGAGCCCUUUAUCCAUCCCUUCCAAUGCAUCUAAAGGCCUCGAAAACCAUUCUCUUUCUCACGCUAGCAUCGUCAAUGGGAGUACCAGUAACAUCAGCAGCAAUGAAUUCGUCGAUGACUACCAGUUCCAGGACGGUCUCUCGUUCCUCAACGAUUCGAAGCCUGAAGAUUUGUUCGACCCGAGGCUGGAUUUGGCUUCAAUGGCUAGUCCUACUGGUUGUUACGCUGAUUCUCCGUUGCAUAGGCGGAGUUUCUCGGUUCCGGGGCUGUGUUUAGGAGCUGAAGAUCUGAAUUCCAGGCUGGGGUUCAAGCCGUGUUUGUACUUUGCGAGAGGGUUUUGUAAGAACGGUAGUAGCUGUAGGUUUAUCCAUGGAGAUCACUGUGCUGAGUCUGCUACCAACAUGACCGAGUUAGAACAGUGCCAAGAGCUGCUUAGAUCGAAAUCUCUUCAACAACAACAACAAAAGUUAGCUGCUUCGUCUUCACAGUUCCUGCCCGGCGGUGCUUCUUUCCCUUACAACAAGUGUGUUAAUUACCUUCUCCAGCAACAACAAAACGAAACUCAUAGAUCGGCAGCGGCAGCGGCAGCAUUGAUGAUGGGAGAUGAGCUUCAUAAAUACGGGCAAUGCCGGCCCGAAAUGGGAGCCAAUCCAAGCUCUAGACAGAUUUAUUUGACAUUUCCAGCUGACAGUACUUUCAAAGAAGAAGAUGUUUCAAAUUACUUCAGCAUAUAUGGACCAGUACAAGAUGUUAGGAUACCUUACCAGCAAAAGAGGAUGUUUGGGUUUGUUACAUUUGUGUAUCCUGAGACGGUGAAGCUCAUUUUAGCUAAAGGGAACCCGCAUUUCGUUUGCGAUUCUCGUGUUCUUGUUAAGCCUUACAAGGAGAAGGGCAAAGUCCAAGAGAAGAAGCAACAACAAUUGGAGAGAGGAGAGUAUUCGGCGUGCUCAAGUCCGACCCUGGUGGAUUCGAGGGAGCCUUUUGAUCUCCAUCUCAGGACAAGAAUGUUUUACAAUACUCCAGAGAUGCUGUUGCAAAGGAAACUGGAGGAGCAGGCUGAUUUACAACAAGCCAUCGAGCUUCAAGGAAGAAGGCUAAUGAAUUUGCAGAUGUUGGAUUUCAAAAACCAUCGCCAGUCUCCUUUCCAUCAUGAUUUGUCCACCGGCUCUCCCAUUCCAUCGCCAACUGUUUUCCGUACUCCCACCAAUCAAGCGCGCAUUUUUCCAUCUGACGUCUUCGAUCAAGAAACUCAUGAAGAUAAUGCUGGUAACCUGAUUGGUGCUGUUUCCAAAUUGACAGCUGCUACCGAUGCUGAUAAGCCACACGAGGAAGUUAAUCUGUCAUGUAAUCAUAAAAACGAAAACGGAAAUGCUAUUAAUAAGGAGAGGGCCAACGUGGAAGAAAACGACUUCCCCGAAAGCUUGGAGCAUAUUCUCCCUGAUAACCUUUUUGCAUCACCUAAGAAAUUGACCGGCGAUCACCUCACCGUCUUCACUACAUCUUCUAUAGAGGCUGACGACAAAACUGGGAGUCCGACUGCAUCUUCCAACGGUAACCCUUUGCUGGCCAACGCCUCCGGCCUCAAUGUGGCUUCACUUAAAUCAUGUUUUCUACAACUCCCUAGGUUUUCUUCUGGACAAGGCGCCAUCGAAAUGUAAGCUCUCGACAUAUCCAGCAAUGGAGGAAAAUUCGAGUUUGCCAUGAAAGCAUUUGGAAGAAGAAUUUUACUAAAAGAAAUAGAAAAAAUCCUCUAGCUGUAUAGUCAAAGCCAUACCGAAAACAAAGAAAGAGAUCUGUAGACAAGAUUGCAGCAAGAUCGUCAUCACCAUCAUCAUCAAUACAUACUGAGACUGCAUUAAAAUACAUAAAUGUAUAGGUAAAAGACAGGAGGAACUGAUCUAAGGAGAGUGGGGUCUUUCCUCUUUGCUUGGACCACGCUGCUAAAACAGUAGAAUAUAUAAACAAAAGGCUAGCUUUAGUAGUAACUUAUUUUAUGUGUUACUGUGAUAUUUACUGUUUCCCUUUGUGUUUUUUU